AUGGCGAUGAUGAUGACCGGCCGUGUGCUGCUGGUGUGUGCCCUCUGCGUGCUGUGGUGCGUUGCCGGCGGUGUUUAUGCGAGGGACGUUGACACCAACGCACUGGGUGGCUGCAUGGCGUCGGGAGUGUUGGGUGAGAAUGGAUCCCACAUGCCUGACGGAUGUAAUAAAACUGCGAUUACGGUGCCUUUGCGGUCGGUACUGUUCAUUACUGCCGUUGAAGCCUCGACUGGAACAGGUGAUGCUGUUGCAACAACGAAUAAUUCGAAUUCAAGGGAGAAUUCCAACGCUGCUUCUUCUCCUGAUGGUUCUGUUUCUGCUGUUGGACCUGGUCCUGGUGCUUCUGCUCCUCCUUCUGUUGGUGGUCCAGGUGCUUCUGGUUCUGGUUCUGCUGUUGGUGGACCUGCUGGUGCUUCUCCUGGUGGAGGCAGUUCUGGUGCUGUUCCAGGGGCUUCUGGAGAGGGAGAUUCUGAUGGCGGCGGUGGCGUUUCUCCUACUGGAGGUCAAGGCACCGGUGGUACUUCUGGUGCUCCUCCUGCUGCUCCUCCUGUUCCUUUUUCUACUGCUGGUCCUGCUGCUCCUGGUGUUGAUUCUUCAGCUGGCGGCAGUGAUGGUACAGCGGGGUCCUCGGGCACUAAUUCAUCUAACACAACAGGGGACUCUUCAACAGGAAAUCAGUCGUCUGCUGCAGCGGCUAACGACACCUCGCCAGCCGAAAGACCGACAGGGACGACAUCCGGCACUGGACACACACGACAAGAAGAGGAAGAAGAGGAAGAUCAUGUAAUGCGGCAGCAAAGAGAUGAAGCACAAGUCCAACAAAAUCAACAGCAUGAACACCCCGCGGAAAGUGGCGAAGAAUCCGCGAAAGAUAAAAACGCCCUUCGUACAAAUGCCACCGCAAAUACAGGCGACAGUGACGGCAGCACCGCGGUCUCCCACGCCACCUCCCCUCUUUUGCUUCUUCUUGUUGUUGCGUGUGCGGCUGCUGCUGCGGUGGUGGCCGCGUGA